GAGAAGUAAAAUUAAUGGUGGGGAAAAAACAGUUCAGCCUGCAGAGAGUUGGAAGCAGGAAAUGUCACUAACACAAUCCACUUCCUUCUGCACUGGGGGACGGUCCAACCCUGAACCUCACACUUCUCAGUAUCUCUUCGGACAGCGGAGAGCUGGCAAAGGCUGCGGAGUUGAAAGGUCGCCCCUCUGACAACAAAAUGGCUCCGUCGACCCCUGUGUCUGGAUUGUCUCUUCCAUGCCUGGUGCUGCUGCUUCUCCUGGAGAUCCCUGGGGCCGGGGCCUGGGCCCAGGAGUUCCAGCUGCUGCAGCCCCAGAGCAACGUGUGGGUGCCAGCGGGAGAGACUCUCACUCUGAGCUGCUCUGUGACUGGGCUCGCUCCGGUAGGACCCGUGAAGUGGCUCAAGGCCUCGGGCAGUGGCCGCCAGCUCGUUUAUGACCAGACGGGAUCAUUCCCCCGGGUGACGCGGGCUGUGAAUGGCUCUGACACAGACUUCACCAUCCACAUCAGUGACACCCGCCCCGAGGACGCCGGGAUCUAUCGCUGUGUGAAGUUUAAGAAGGGGUCGGAAGGGACGGGAGUCGAUGAGGAGUUCAGCUCCGGCGCUGGCACGGCCGUGUCUGUGCUCGAUCAAAUCUCCACAGGGUCUGGGCUGUUUUCCAGCCCCGCUCUCUGGAUCGGGCUCUUCCUGGAGAAGGUGCUGACUGCUGCCUUCCUCCUCUUCCUCUUCCUGAGAAGCAAAGGGUAACCAGAUCCCUCCUCACCCACAUUGUGCCCUGCCCCUGGUCUAUUUCCCGGUUUUCUCGCACUGUCGCCUCCUGCCAACUUCUCUGUCUGCAGCCUCUGUCCCCCCAGUGCAGGAAACGAGUCCCUGGAUGGUGGAGCUGCAGUGACCCCUGCUGGCUAAUCAGAUGGAGCCCAGGCUUCGGAAAGCGAAGUUUAAGGGGUGACCGGGUUACAGUCUAUAAGUUCCUACGUGGCUUGGGAACAAAUAUUUCAUAAUGGGCUCGUCAGCCUGACGGAUAAAGGUCUGACACACGAUCCAAUGGCUGGAAGUUGAAGCCAGACAAAUGUUGAGAGGAAAUGAAGCCUAAUGGUGAGAAUCAGUAACCAAUGGAACAAUUAGCCAAGAGUCAUGGAUUCCCCAUCUCCGACAAUUUUAAAAUCAAGACUGGCUGUUUCUCUAAAGGAUCUGCUCUAGGGAUUAUCCAGGGGAAGUUCUCUAGCCUAUGCUAUAGGUCAGAUUAGAGGAGAACAACGGUCCCUUCUGGCCUGGGAAUUUAGGAAUCUCUGGGACGUACCCACCACUCACUCCUGCCUGCUGACGAAAGAGCCACUGGAAGGACUCCUGCUACUCUGGACUCUGUGUGAAGCCUCCUGCCUCUGCUCAGCUCUGCAGAGGCAGGAGAUGGUUGUGUAAUAAUUUCUGUCUGACAAUAAACCGCCCUGGCGAUGCUUGAACUCA